UUUUUAUGUUGUCACCAUCCAUCACUUCACCUUACUGUAUCCAACCCCUCUUUCCAUUUCCACAAAUUAAAGAAAAGCCCUAACUAUAUAUCUUCAAUUCCUUCCCACUGACCAAUUACCACCUCUUUCUGAAUCACAAACAAGCUAGUAAUUACUAUAUACUACUAGUUUGCCUCCCCAUUUUUAGGAAAAUAUCUGCCAAUCUCUCUAAACAUUUUCAGAACACACACAGCCCAUAAAAGCCAACCAAACAUGAUAUAUAGAUACCCUUUCAUGGUUUUCUAGUAUUGCUCAAACAAUGCUUUAAAGCAGAAAGCAUAACGAGGUUGAGCCCUUAUCAUCCCACAUCAUCCUCUCCCUCCCUCUCUCUCUCUCUAGAAAUCCAUCUUUCUCUCUCUCCAGAAAUCCAUCAUCUUUAUAUAUUUUGGACUUCAAUCAUCUCUUUCUCACUCAUCUAUCUUUGAUGAUCUCUGAGUACUAAUAAAACUAGUACUUGAUCAGCUAAAUCAACCACAUCUGUUUUCAAGAAAAAUAUCAAACACUUUUCAUGGAUUCAAUCCCAGAAGGAGAGACCUCAACCACUGACAACACCACCACCGCCAUCAUCACCACCACCACCACCAUGACCACCACAGCUUCAUCGUCAUCGCCAACAGCAUCUACUAAUACCCUAAGCCGCUACGAGAACCAAAAGCGGCGAGACUGGAACACUUUCGGCCAGUACUUGAGAAACCACCGGCCACCACUCUCUCUCUCCCGCUGCAGUGGUGCACACGUCCUCGAAUUCCUCCGCUACCUCGAUCAAUUCGGCAAGACCAAAGUCCACACCCAACUCUGCCCCUUCUUCGGACACCCUAACCCUCCUGCCCCUUGCCCCUGCCCUCUCCGCCAAGCCUGGGGCAGCCUGGAUGCCCUCAUCGGCCGCCUCCGAGCCGCCUACGAAGAAAACGGUGGCCGCCCGGAAGCCAACCCCUUUGGAGCUCGAGCAGUGAGGCUCUAUCUACGUGAAGUCCGCGAUUCGCAGGCCAAAGCAAGAGGGAUUAGCUAUGCCAAGAAGAAGAGGAAGCAGCCUCCAGCAUUGCCACCACCAGGUGCAAAUUAGUCUGAAGCAUGCACUACUCUAUCAUAAUAAUUAAUCAACUACUCUUUUGUGAGAAUAUCGAUUCUUGCAAGUCUGUUCGGGUCUGGAGUCUAUCUGUACUUCAACCUUUUGGACAGGGCUCGAGGUCUGGUAUCUUACUUGGCGGAGAAUUUAUGUGAGAUUUGUUGGUGAAUCUCAUUUAUAUCAUGAUCUCUCUCUAUGAUCUAAACUAGCAUAAUAUUAAUUAAUACAUGUAAGCUAGCCUUUGUUUAUGUUGCUUUAGAUUUGUGGGUAUUAUUGAACUAGUGACGAUAAGUAGUAGUAAGUACCCAUUGUUGUUGCUAUAUGAAUGCCAAAAAAAAAAAAAAAAAUGGGUAGUUUUAGUAUUGUAGAAGUGGUAGUGGAUCUGCUAGUUUUAGUAAAGAUCUAUGAGACUGAACUUCCAAACUGUGUCAUAGACAUGUACUGCUACUUAAUUGGAAAGUUAUUUAUGACAA